AGGUAGCUGAGAGAGGCAGCAUUGGCAGCGUCUGCGUUUUUGGAGGAACCGUGGAAAGACAAAAGGAAAUGUGUGUCGGGGCUCUGGUCAGAAUGAGAAUGCUGCCCCCACCCCAAUACACCCAGAGAAGGUGUCUUGUGGGGACAGAUACAAGUCAUCUUCACUGGGAACGAUUCAAUUAAGAGUACAAAAGAAUGUUUUCUUUUGCAUAACUUCAGUCCAGUCAAUGCAAGUGAUUUCUUUUUUUAUAUAUAUAUAAUCUAACAUUCACUAUUUUUGCUCCUAUAUUUAUAUAAGUAUACUAAUAACAUAAGUACGCUAAUAUAUAACAAAAUAUACACAUUUAAUCUCAUUUCCACCUCUUCUCCUGGUGAGGGUUUAAUAGUUUAAUAUAUACACAUGCACAAUAUAAUGUAAAUGUCUGCUUGGGAGUUUUAAACUAAUACACUAGUGGCUGAGGGAAGUGGAUCUAGUAUUUAAGGACUGAGCCUUUGCUCCGAUAAGUCUCAUUUAAUCCCCCAGCAACGCUGCACCUCUCCUCGCUUAUCAUUAAGGUCGGAAUUAUAGAGCUGACAGGCCUGAGAGGGGCCCGAGUCAGACUGGAUAGAGGGAGGUUUUGCAUAGAGCCCCACAAAUCACCGUAUCAGGUCCCUCUCGAGUUUUUAAUCCCUACAGGAAAAUACAGGACGGCUCCGUGUCACCGCAGUAUAACGUUGAAUUCUCUUUAAAAGGUUUUACUUUCGCCGACGAUAAAGUCGGUGGGGCCAAAGAGGUUGUUGCAGCAAGACCAUAUUGGUGGGGUGAAUUUACGGUAAUAGAUCGUCUCGCAAUUUCGCAGACGACCACCAACCUAACUAUUCUGCAGAGCUGGCUAUCACGCAUGAGAAUCGCCGAGAUCCGAGGGGCCUUUUGUCUUAGCAGACCUGUAGCCUCCGCUUUCCCAUUUCACCCGCGCACACUUGGCAGGAGUCUCCGGCUUUUAAUUGCUCUCCUCUUCAUAGAGAUGUACGCACGUCCUUCCUUUAUAUCGGGGACACUCUGCAGUUUCUGUGACCCGAUUUUUCUGAUGUAGUGAUUUACUGACAAAGGAGGGGGGCACUCGCGUUCUCACUGUGGAGAGGAAAAAAAAGAAAAAAGAGAAAUCAUCCACUCAUCCAGCGGCAGAAACGGCAGAAAGUGUCUUAGACAAGGACUGGGCGCUCCAGAAGACGGAGAAGCGGGCGAUGUCUCUCCGAUGCAGCAGGUAUUUUAAAACUUUGGGAGAUUCUUUUUGCAAAGCAUGGUUACUUCGAAUCUGGAUCUAAAGUAAAACGACCUUGAUAAUCAGCUUCGGCAAACGGAUGUUAUGCAAAUUUAGAUAAAAGCCUUGAAGCAAUGUGGAGUAUUAAAAUGAAUCUGAUAACAUUGAUUUUGUUUCCUGCUGUAUGCUUUGAUAUAUAUGCUUGCGCCAGUAACAUACAUGAAAGGUCAGUGGUGCCUAGAUCCGUGUCCCGAUCCGUAGCAAGAAUGAAUGGAGAUAUAAUUAUCGGAGCCCUUUUUUCCGUCCAUCAUCAACCGUCAGCCGAGAAGGUUGCCGAGAGAAAAUGCGGGGAAGUCCGGGAACAGUACGGCAUCCAAAGGGUGGAAGCGAUGUUUCAUACUCUGGACCGUAUCAAUUCGGAUCCGAACCUCCUACCUAACAUCAGCUUGGGCUGUGAGAUUAGGGACUCCUGUUGGCAUUCAUCUGUGGCACUGGAACAAAGUAUCGAAUUUAUACGGGAUUCGCUCGUUUCUGAACGGGACGACAAGGACGGCUCCAAGACAUGCGUAGACGGGACGCCUCUGAAAGAUCUUCCGGCGUCCAAGAAGCCCAUAGCCGGGGUGAUCGGUCCCGGCUCCAGUUCGGUGGCCAUCCAAGUUCAAAAUCUGCUGCAGCUUUUCAACAUCCCCCAGAUCGCCUAUUCGGCGACCAGCAUCGACCUCAGCGAUAAAACCCUCUUCAAAUAUUUUUUGAGAGUCGUGCCCUCGGACACCCUUCAGGCGAGGGCGCUUGUGGACAUAGUCAAGCGCUACAACUGGACAUACGUAUCUGCUGUCCAUACCGAAGGCAACUACGGGGAGAGCGGGAUGGAGGCAUUUAAGGAGAUGGCCUCCCAGGAGGGCCUGUGCAUCGCCCACUCGGACAAGAUCUACAGCAACGCCGGGGAGAAGCACUUCGACCGGCUUCUACGGAAGCUGCGGGAGCGACUGCCCAAGGCGCGCGUGGUCGUCUGCUUCUGCGAGGGCAUGACGGUCCGUGGCCUGCUGAUGGCCAUGCGGCGCCUGGGCGUGGCGGGAGAGUUCCUGCUCAUCGGCAGUGAUGGCUGGGCUGACCGAGACGAGGUGGUGGAGGGAUACGAACUGGAGGCGGAGGGCGGCAUCACCAUGAAGCUGCAGUCGGCCGAGGUCACCUCCUUCAACGACUACUUCCUGAAGCUGCGGCUGGAUGCAAAUGCCAGGAAUCCAUGGUUCGGCGAGUUCUGGCAGCACCGCUUCCAGUGCCGGAUCCCAGGCCACCCGUCUGAAAACACCAACUACAAGAAGAUCUGCUCCGGUAACGAGAGUCUGAGCGAGAACUACGUGCAGGACAGCAAGAUGGGCUUUGUGAUCAACGCCAUCUACGCCAUGGCGCACGGCCUGCAUGACAUGCAGCGUUUCUUGUGCCCCGAUGGACCGGGCCUGUGCGCUGCCAUGAGGCCUCUCGACGGCAGCAAGCUGCUCGACUUCCUGCUCAAGACCACCUUCAAUGGCGUGUCCGGCGAGGACGUCUACUUUGAUGAGAACGGGGACACGCCCGGCAGGUACGACAUCAUGAACCUGCAGUACGUGGAGGUCGGUCGCUAUCACUACAUCAACGUGGGCUCCUGGCACGAGGGCAUCCUCAACAUCGACGACAGCCGGAUCCAGAUGAACCGCAGCGGCAUCGUCCGCUCUGUCUGCAGCGACCCGUGUUCCAAGGGCCAGAUCAAGGUGAUCAGGAAAGGGGAGGUGAGCUGCUGUUGGAUCUGCACAACCUGCAAGGACAAUGAGAUGGUGCAGGACGAGUUCACCUGCAAAGCCUGUGACCUGGGCUGGUGGCCGGACGAGGAGCUGGCGGGUUGCGAGCCCAUUCCCCUGAAGUAUCUGGAGUGGACUGAUGUCGAGUCCAUAGUGGCCGUGGUCUUCUCCUGUCUGGGCAUCCUGGUUACCAUGUUUGUGACAUUCAUCUUCGUGCUGUACCGUGACACCCCCGUGGUGAAAUCCUCCAGCCGCGAGCUAUGUUACAUCAUCUUGGCCGGCAUCUUCCUGGGUUACGUGUGCCCCUUCACGCUCAUCGCCCGGCCCACCGUGACCUCCUGCUACCUGCAACGUCUCCUGGUGGGCCUCUCCUCUGCCAUGUGUUACUCCGCCCUGGUGACCAAGACCAACCGCAUCGCUCGCAUCCUGGCGGGCAGCAAGAAGAAGAUCUGCACGCGCAAGCCGCGCUUCAUGAGCGCCUGGGCCCAGGUGGUCAUCGCUUCACUUCUAGUCAGCAUCCAGCUCACUCUGGAGGUCACACUCAUCAUCCUUGAGCCACCGGAGCCCAUCAAGUCCUACCCCAGCAUCCGGGAGGUCUACCUGAUCUGCAACACCAGCAACUUGGGUGUGGUGGCGCCAUUGGGCUACAACGGCCUGCUCAUCAUGAGUUGCACCUACUACGCCUUCAAGACGCGCAACGUGCCGGCCAACUUCAACGAGGCCAAGUACAUCGCCUUCACCAUGUACACCACCUGCAUCAUUUGGCUGGCCUUCGUGCCCAUCUACUUCGGCAGCAACUACAAGAUCAUCACCACCUCCUUCUCCGUCAGCCUGAGCGCCACUGUGGCCCUGGGCUGCAUGUUCACGCCCAAGAUCUACAUCAUCAUCGCCAAGCCCGAGCGCAAUGUGCGCAGCGCCUUCACCACAUCCGACGUGGUGCGCAUGCAUGUGGGCGACGGCAAGGUGGACUGUCGCAGCAACAGCCUGCUCAACAUGUUCCGCAGGAAGAAGAACUCCCCAGGCAAUGCGAGUUCUAAUGGAAAGUCUGUGUCAUGGUCUGAACCAGGUGCCAAGCAGCCACCGAAGGGGGAGCACAUGUGGCACAGACUGUCAGUACAUGUGAGGAAACAGGAGCCCAGCCCCAAUCAGACAGCUGUCAUCAAACCCCUAACUAAAGCCUACGACACUGGCCUCAGCAUCUCAGACCUCAGCACCAAAACUUUGUACGAUGUGGCAGAGGAGGAAGAGGGUGAUCCUGUCCACCACAAUCCGCCUGACAACCCUGCCGUGAUGGCCGUUGGCCAGGUGCUCAACGUUGGGCCGGAAAAAGACAUGGUGGGGGGGCAGGCAUGCCUAGCCGAGCGUCCGUGCAACUGCGCCUUCCCCCCGCAGUCCGUCAUGGCCCACCUCCAGGAGGUGGCAGACAAACUCCAUUCCAGCGUGCCGGAUUUUAACGACGAGGUCCGGGGCCCUGGGAGUGGGGCAAGGCCCUGCUACCAAACCCAUCUGGGCCAAUGUCCGACCCCCACCUCGCACCUGGACCCCUUUGAGGAGGAGCUCUUAUGCCCUACUGAUGAGCUGGAGGAUGAGCGGUUGGGCCUGAUUGGCAGCUACGCUUAUGACAACGUCCGGAUCCAUGAAACAGAGGAGAUGGAGGAGGAUUUGGAGGAGCUGGUACCAAGCCGGUUCACCCCAGAGGCCUCCCCAGCCCUAACACCCCCAUCUCCUUUUAAAGACUCAGUGGGCUCAGGAAGCUUUGCCCCAAACUCCCCUGUGUCCGAGUCCGAGCUAUGCAGCCCACCCCGCAUGACCUAUGCCUCCAUCGUCCUGAGGGACUACACCCAGAGCUCGUCCACUUUGUGAGGCUAGCAACGUGUCUCUUUGCUCCUUUGUUCUAUCAAUUUCGUUUUUUGUUUUGAAGACAAACAAAACUAAACAAAUCAAAGCAAAGCAAACGGAAUAUCCCCAAUGGCCUCUGUGUGCCCAUUCAUUCUGCAAAUCUUAAACAAGGGGGCCCAACAAUGGAGCAUCUCAGCUUUCAAGAGAAAGUGUUGAAGGUGGGAGGAAUAGUUCUGGAAGUAUGCUGAAGGUAUUUUGCACGAGGAAAGCUGAAUCCGAUGGAUGACAACAAACAGGAAAUAAGACGUACUGUGAAAGUGGAUUGACACACGGAGAGUUAAUUGGUGUUGCAGAUGCAAACAGAUCAAAUUUUUGUAACUUUCCUGAAGUGUGUUAUGCCUUUCAGUGUUUUUAUUUCUGUUUAUUCUGAUUACGAACAUAAGUAAACUCGGAAAACCUGCUUCUAGAUGAUCGUUCCAUUUUGCAUUUUAAAUUUGAUAUUUGUUUAUGCUGCUAGAAGGAACAAACAGAUUUUUUUCAGUAAAAUAAAAAGUAUUCACCCCAAGGUUAUGGAAAACAGGAUUUCCCACAAGACCACUGGAUUCGUUGUAAUUAUUUUACCCGACCUCGCUCUUAUUUGACUAUAUCAGUUGUCGAAUAAAUUUGAACUGUGACAAUAUGGGUUGUUUGUGAAGGAUUUAAAGGAUUUAUACAAAGUUAUACAAAGAUUACUGUUAAGAUAUUCCCCACUGUUUCCACUUAAAUUGAAUAAUAAUAGAUUUCAUUAUUUUCCUUAAUUACAUUAUGGUUAUUUAAUUUAUUUUAAUUUAACCUUAGUACAGUUAAGCAAUUCAGUGACUGGGUAAUGCCACUUGGUUUUAGAAAAGGGACACCUUAUCUGACAUAAAGCACAGGGAACAUUUUCUUUUAAGAGAAAAAAUGAACUUAAGUCCAAGAAACUAUUGCUUUUAGCCACUAGACCUAGAUUUUCAAACUGCCCAAUACAAUAUAAUAGUUUAGCAACUUAGUAUGAACAAAACCAAGCACUUAUAAGUGAAGACUUUGGGCCAGGGUUCGAGGACUGGGAUUAAUAUCUGCUGUUCUUUUCAAAUUUGCAUUUUCUGUUUCCAUUGAAAAACAAGUCAUCAAAAAAUGAAAAAAAGACUUUGCACGUUACAUUAAAGAUAUUUUUUACAAUUUUCAGGAGUUUCAUAUGAGCUAAAAUAGAAGGCUGGAAAGUUUUGUGCUAGACUGUAAUUCUGCAGAAUAUUAUAGUGAAAAAAGGGAAAGUAUAUACAUAUUUUUUAAAAAAAUGAAAAUUACUGAAACAAAAAAUAGAUAUAUAAUUUUUUCACGUUAUAUUUCAUUGUUUCUAUGAUCUUUUAUCAUUGUAAUAAUGAUAUGUCUUUAAAAUUUAUAUUCCAUCAAACUGUCUCCCUUUUCAUACAAAGGCUCCCUGUUUGUAAAAUUAUUGUAGAAUGUGGGAAAUGUAUAUUGUCUUGAACUUGUUUUGUGGUGAAAGAGGCAUUGAAUUUGGGUAACUUUUCCAGGAAAUUUAGAAGUCAGUGAUCUCCUUAAGAACUUUAAUUUUAAGGUUUACAAUUUUGUAGUUGCUUCUAGUGAUAAGGUGUUGCAUUUAAAUCAUGCCUAGAUUGAUCUUGUUCAAACUGAAAGUUUAAAUGAACUACAUGAUUAUAAGUUAUAUAGUAAUGUAUUUAUUAGACUGGGAUUAUCCCAAGUAUAGAUAAAUAUACUGAGUAUCGUAAUUUAUGAAUUGAUAUACAGUUAGUGCAUUCAUGUAUUCUGUUUGAGUACCGAAUCAUUUGUAAAACGUGGGGCAAAAGGUCAGUCACGUGGUAUCAGCUAGACGUGAGAACACAUGUGUACUUGCCAGGAUUAAUGAUUCUGUAAAAUAAAUAUUUUAUAAUUAA